AUGACACAACACAGGCAACGUUCGCUGGGUAUGGUCGGUGUAAUAUCGGAGUUAUUCGAAGAGGAAGAAAUAGAAACCGAUAAUUUACUGUUAGUAACUCUACUUCUGAGAGAUGAUCACGUGAAAAUUAACAACUUUUGGGAAUAUACAGUACCACAAUACCAAGAUCGCCGAUUCAGACGAGCGUUUAGAGUGCCACAUUCUGUGUUCGAGUAUUUGGCAGACAUUCUAACGGGGCCGCUAAUUGAAAACGAACCAAUUCAUUGUGGUGGUCGACCAGCGAUAUUACCCGACAAAAAAAUAGCGAUUUUUUUAAAAUGUGUCGGGUCGAUGGAGACGAUACUUGAUAUAGCACAGUUAUUUAACAUAACUGAAUCGUCUGUAAUCAAAGUUAGACGUCAAGUAACAAACGUGAUUUUAAUUCAUUUAUUGAAUAACACUAUUCAUUGGCCACUCAGAAGAGAACUACAGGGCAUUUCGGCAUGUUUUAAUGACAUGCACACCAGCAACCUUCCAAAUAUCAUAGGAGCCGUCGAUGGCUCACAUAUACCUAUAUCUACGCCACACGAACAACCUGAUGCAUAUUAUAAUCGGAAAAAGUUCCGUUCUGUUGUUCUUCAAGGUGUUUGUCGUGAAGACUUACAAUUUAUUGACGUCAGCGUAGGAUGUCCGGGCAGAAUGCACGAUGCCAGGGUCUUACGAAAUUCUACCCUUUGGAACACCGGAAUGGGCAAUUGUCAACGAGGUCAAUAUCAUGUUAUAGGUGAUGCCGCGUACCCGUUGACAAAUUGGCUCAUGACACCCUAUCGUGACAAUGGUCAUUUAGACGAACACCAGAGAUUGUUCAACACUUCUCUGUCAAGAAGAAGAGUGAUUAUUGAACGGGCGUUUGGAUCGUUGAAACGAAGAUUUAGGAGACUUCUGAAUGGCAUCGAUAUCACAGACGUAAAUGAAAUCAAUAAAAUCGUGCUUGCUGCAUGCAUCAUCCAUAAUAUUUGCAUUAAGCACGACGAUAUUGAUUUCGACGAAAAUGAUCAUGAUGAUGACGACAACGCUGUUGGUGUCCAGUGGCGUCAACUAGUUGCUGAUGAUGUCGUAAACGACGUUAUUCCACAUAAUCCAGGACGUGAAGGGAGAUUGAAAAGGAUUAAUUUAACUUAUAAUCUUUGA